AUGUCUUCAUCAGAAACAGAUGAGAAUAACGAUAACAUUUUUAAAGUUUUGGAGAAAAUUGGAACGACUGUCAGCAGAGAAACCUGCACAAGUUUAUCACCAGAUGAAGAGUUAAAUAUUGCCGUAGAUUUUUCUAAAUGGGAGGAAUAUGCCGAUUUAGCUAUCUAUAAUUCAAACUACUUGUCUUCACAGAUACAGAAACACGGAGGUUCACUAGAAGCGUUCCAUGAAUCUAUCUGUCACGAUCUAGUUACAAAUUUAGUAGUAACAGCUAAACCUGAAAUACUUAGCGGAGUUGUGGAACUUGCGCCAGGAGUUUUUAAAAAUUAUGAAUUGUUUGCAGCUUUUGCCGUAAAUAGGAAUGGAACUGUGGAGUCGGUCGAGCUAGGAAAUUUCUAUAAUUACACGAACGAUAGCCUGGUCAACGAAUGGUACAGUGUUCUAAGAGACCGAACUUACGAGAAUUUGGCAAAAGACCGCACUAAAACAACUUUCAGAAAUGGAACCAUUAUAGAGGCAGACAUUUUGGUUGCUCAGAGAGAUGAUGGUCAUGUGACUAAGCCAUACUAUGAUUGCGGAGGAGGUUACGUCUGGAUGUUUACGUACUCAUCUCCUAUCUUUGGCAGAAAUAGAGACGGGUCACCUAUUUUUAAAGGAGUAGCUACGAUAGAUAUAGAGCUCACAGAUAAAGACAUCAACCAAUGUGACCUUCGAUAUGACGAUGACUCUGUUGAUUUAUUUUUCAAUGUAUUUAGAGGAACUCAUAAAUGUCCAAUCGAAACCACGUGUGAUUUCCGUCCGGGAUUAGGAUUCAAAGUAGGUGGUUAUACCUGUAUCUGCAAUGACAGAGUUGACCACAACGGCAAUUACAUUGGCUUCAACGGAGAAGAAGUGGAAAAAGCCACAGACUUAUCAAAGUUUAAGUGUGGAACGACACAUCAUGGAUAUAGAUCAGCAUUCGGAUCUGAUUCUUAUGACCGACAAUCAGGAACAUAUCUCCCAUUUAAUUCCGCUGAUGCAGAUAUAUAUUAUAAAGAUCCUUAUAUGAAGUGAGAAAAAAUGUGACCUUUUGAGAUGGACUGUUAAAAACACAUCGUGUAAUA